CCGCUGCCCACGAUGCUGCUGCUGUGGGUGUCGGUGGUCGCAGCCUCGGCGCUGGCGGCACCGGCCCCCGGGGCACCUGGGCAGAGGCGGGGAGCAGCCGGAGCACCUAACGUGGUGAUAGUCGUGAGCGACUCCUUCGAUGGAAGGUUAACAUUUUACCCAGGAAGUCAGGUAGUAAAACUUCCUUUUAUCAACUUCAUGAAAGCACAUGGCACUUCCUUUCUGAAUGCCUACACGAACUCCCCAAUCUGUUGCCCAUCACGUGCAGCCAUGUGGAGUGGCCUCUUCACUCACUUAACAGAAUCUUGGAAUAAUUUUAAGGGUCUAGAUCCAAAUUAUACAACAUGGAUGGAUAUCAUGGAGAAGCAUGGCUACCGAACACAAAAGUUUGGGAAACUGGACUAUACUUCAGGACAUCACUCCAUCAGUAAUCGUGUGGAAGCAUGGACAAGAGAUGUUGCUUUCUUACUCAGACAAGAAGGCAGGCCUAUGGUUAACCUCAUCCCUAAUAAGACUAAAGUAAGAGUGAUGGAAGGGGACUGGAAGAAUACAGACAGAGCAAUAAACUGGUUAAGAAAGGAAGCAAUCAAUUACACCAAACCAUUUGUUCUUUACUUGGGAUUAAAUUUACCACACCCUUACCCUUCACCAUCUUCAGGAGAAAAUUUUGGAUCUUCAACAUUUCACACAUCUCUUUAUUGGCUUGGAAAAGUAUCUGACGAUGCUAUCAAAAUCCCAAAGUGGUCACCUCUGUCAGAAAUGCACCCUGUAGAUUAUUACUCUUCUUAUACAAAAAAUUGCACUGGGAAGUUUACAGAAAAAGAAAUUAAGAAUAUUAGAGCAUUUUAUUAUGCUAUGUGUGCUGAAACAGAUGCCAUGCUUGGUAAAAUUAUUUUGGCUCUUCGCCAGUUAGAUCUUCUUCAGAAAACUAUUGUCAUAUACACCUCAGACCAUGGAGAGCUGGCUAUGGAACAUCGACAGUUUUAUAAAAUGAGUAUGUAUGAAGCUAGUGCCCAUGUUCCACUUUUGGUAAUGGGACCGGGAAUUAAGGCCAACCUACAAGUAUCAAAUGUGGUUUCUCUUGUGGAUAUUUAUCCUACUAUGCUUGAUAUUGCUGGAAUUUCUCUGCCUCACAACCUGAGUGGAUACUCUUUGUUGCCAUUAUCAUCAGAAACAUUUAAGAAUGAACAUAAACUCAAAGACCUACAUCCGCCCUGGAUUUUGAGUGAAUACCAUGGAUGUAACGUGAAUGCUUCCACCUACAUGCUUCGAACUCACCAGUGGAAAUAUAUAGCCUACUCUGAUGGUGCUUCAGUAUUGCCUCAACUCUUUGAUCUUUCCUCGGAUCCAGAUGAACUAACAAAUAUUGCUACAAAAUUUCCAGAAAUUACUUAUUCUUUGGAUCAGAAGCUUCGUUCCAUUAUAAACUAUCCUAAAGUUUCUGCAUCUGUCCAUCAAUACAAUAAAGAGCAGUUUAUCAAGUGGAAACAAAGUACAGGACAAAAUUAUUCAAAUAUUAUAGCGAACCUUAGAUGGCAUCAGGACUGGCUGAAAGAACCAAGGAAGUAUGAAAAUGCAGUCAAUCAGUGGCUUAAAACCCACACUAAUCCAAAAACAGUUUGAACAAAAAUAAGAAAAUAAUGUUCUAGAGCUAUAUAUAAAUAUGUUAGAGGAUCAUAAUUAAUCAUGUAUUUUAAAUGAACCCAUUUUAAUAAUUACUGAUUUUUAGUUACUUUUAAAGAAGGCACUGUAUUUUAAAAUAUAAUGCCAAUGAUUGUAGAAUUACAUCUUUUCAAAAAUGGUUAUUAUUAAAUCGUUAUUUUUACCAACUUCUAACAAGCUAAAGGAAGUAUCAAAAAGGAUGGAAGCAAAUACUGUAAUAUAAUGUGAGUAUUUGAUGGUGUUUGAUGAGUUAUUUGUAUUUGAUGGGACCAUUUGGAUGUAUUUGAUGGGAGUAUUUGGAAUAUUUAAGAGGACAUAGGCCCUGAAUAUAGCUGAUUUUAUUACUAUUUUUUAAUAUGUGCAAGGUAAAAGCUUCAAAAGGUACAAAAGGGUUAACAGUGAGCGUGAAGUCUCCUUCCUUUUCCAGUUCCCUGCCACCCAGUUCCCCUUCCAAGAAACAACUACUGAAACCACCUUCUUGUGUAUCCUUCUAGAGAACAGCCACACAUUUACUUAUGAACAAACAUAUCUAUUCUUUUUCCCCGACACAAAUGGUAGCAUACUAUACACAUUUUCUGCAUCUUGGUUUUUGGUUUUUUUGUUUUUGUUUCCUGUCAUUUAACAGUAGAUACCUAGGAGUGAAAUUGGUGGGUCAAGAGUGUAUCUAACAAAAUUGCACUAGAUACUACCAAAUCACCCCAGAAGAAGUUACACUAAUUGAUAUACUCACCAGCAAUGCAUGUCCUCACAUUCUUUGCCAACUGAUAGAGAAAAUAUAUUUUAUUUUUAUUUUUAUUACUACUAGGGUAGAUCAUAUUGUCAUAUGUUUAACAGCUAUUGGAAUUUUUUUAGUGACCUUUUUCUAUUUCUGUUCUUUGCCUUUUUUUCUGUUGGUUAUUGGUCUUUCUUUUUUAUUACAGGCAUGGUUUAGAUAUUCACUCUUUGUUAAGAGAGCCUACAAAUAUUUCUUUCCAGUUUGUGAUGGUCAUUUGUCUUUUGACUUUGUUCUGAUGUUUUUUGACAUGUAGAAAUUCGUAUUUUCAUGUAAUGAAAAUUAUGAAACUUUGUAUCACAUAAGUAUAUACAAUUAUGAUUUGUCAA